CUCUUCUUUUCUUUUCUAUAUUUUUCUCAAAGAAGGAAAGAAAGGCAAAUGCUCCUUUGUCUCUGUAAGUCUUCGUCUUCUCUUCUCUGCUUUUUGACAUUUUGAUGGUGAAUGCUGGAGAAGGAAAAUUUGUGAAGAGAACCUAUGUCAGAAAUGUGGUGAUCUUUUUAGAUUGCAUUUGAUCUUUUGGCUUUUGGGUAUUGAGUUACUGAAGCUUUUGGGUUGUUUUUUUCCGUUAAAAUUGGAAUUUUGAAUUGAAAGAUUGGAUCUUGAGGGUUAUUUUAGACUGGGAGAUGGUUUUUUUUUGGGGUGAUUUUGGAGUGAAAUUUCAGAUUUGGGGGUUGUUUUUGGAGGGAAAGGUGGGACUUUAGGGGUGUUUUUGGAGUGAAAGGUGGGAUUUUGGGGGUGAUUCUUUUCAAAUGAACGUAGGAUGUCAGGGUGAUUUUUUGGUGAAAAAAGAGGGUUUUAGGGAGAUCUUAAAGUAGAAGAUUAGAAAAAAAAUUUGUUGAAUUUUUUAACUUUGUGUGAGAAAGAUUGCAUCUUGGGGUGAAAGAUUGCAACUUGGGGUGUUUGGAGUGAAAGAUGGGAUUUUGGGGUGAUUUAGCAUAGGAGAGGGUUUUGGGGAUGAUUUUUGAGUAAAAAGAUUCUGGGAUUUCAUAUAUUUUUUUCUUUGCCUUCGAUUAGCAUUAGAAAUGGAUCUCAAACAGAAACAAUCAUCUGAAACUUCAAGAAAAUCUUCUUCCACAAAUGACCCGGUGAAAAAUUUCAUGACGGAUCAACAGUUCACACAUUUCGAUCCACAGCAAAAAUGGGACGCUUCCCUUGAUGUAGGCUAUGGUCAACCGUAUAAUGAAUUCCACUCACCUUCGGAAUCGCCACCCACUCGUUCGUAUAAUCCCAGCAGUGAGAUCAAACAGUCAGAAGAGUUGGAUCCGACAGAUUGUCUACUUCACAAUACCCUUAAUGACUGGGACCUGCGGACCACCUUAAACAAUCUUUCUUUCCUUGAACAAAAGAUCCACCAUCUAAAGGAUACAGUCCAUUCGUUCAUCAGCCAAGAUGGUAGGUUUUCAGGGCGAUUGAAUGAACAGGCGGCUCAGCAGCAGCUUCUGAAUGCUGAUAUGACUUCUAUCAUAAUUCAGCUGAUCUCAACUGCUGGUACUCUUCUUCCGUCUUCAAAGAAGAUGCCCUUAGCAAUGAAUCCUCCUGUUGGGCCAUUUGGCAGUGUCUUUGAAUCUCCCACUAGCUUAGGCGCAAAUGUCAGUUUGCAACCAAAUGAAAGUAUGGCAAUAGGAGGAAGCAGCGAUUUGGGUUAUGAUGAUCGGAUCAAAGGGAUGCACGGGAGCAGGCAGAAUUAUGUUGAUCAAUCUGAGCCGUCCAUUUUCACAGUUGAAGGGUCUGAACAUCUUGGUGUUGAAGAAAAUGAUACAAAGGACUAUGAAGAUGCUGCUGACGGGGAGAACCUCCCCCCAGGUUCAUAUGAAGUAUUGCAGCUCGAAAAAGAGGAAAUCCUAGCACCACAUACCCACUUCUGUUCGAUCUGUGGGAAGGGGUUUAAGCGGGAUGCAAACCUACGGAUGCACAUGCGAGGUCAUGGCGACGAGUACAAGACCCCAGCUGCCCUUGCAAAGCCUAUGAAGGAAUUGAAUGCGGAGCCCACGCUUAUAAAGCGGUACUCAUGUCCCUACAUGGGUUGCAAACGCAACAAGGAGCACAAGAAAUUUCAGCCAUUAAAGACGAUCCUUUGCGUGAAAAAUCAUUACAAGAGGACCCAUUGCGACAAGAGCUAUACGUGUAGCAGAUGCAACUGCAAGAAGUUCUCUGUUAUCGCAGAUUUGAAAACUCAUGAGAAACACUGUGGGCGUGACAAAUGGCUGUGUUCCUGUGGCACAACCUUCUCCAGAAAAGACAAGCUGUUCGGACAUGUCGCGCUAUUCCAAGGCCAUACCCCGGUCCUUCCCAUGGACGAAAUCAAAGGGUCAGGAGCAUCUGAUCAUGGGCAAAACGAUGAAGCACCAGCUAGGAUUGGAAGCAAGGGAUUCAACUUCAGCUCGAGUAGUUCUGGCAGUAUUCCUGCUCUAAACAUAAAAAUUGAUGAUGAUCAUGGUUACUUCUCGGCAAUGAACUUUGAGGCGUGCAACUUUGGCGGAAUCAAUGACUUUACUCGAAGAGAAUUCUAAGUUGGUGAGGGUUCUUCUCUUUCAUCCCUCCUGUGUCCAGUAAUUUCGUGCAGAAACAUGGUAGGAAUUCGAGCUCUGAUGUGCUGUAAUUUCUUAUGUUGGUAUCAAUGGAUCUUAUUCGGUUAAUGCUCUUGUUCAAUGUGCUUGUGUGUUGUGGGCCAGUCUUUCUUAUUCAAUAAUCAUAAAUCAAUCUUAUUUCA